GGGUGACGUCAGAGUUUGACGUCCCUAAGGAUGCCGUAUUGCAAGGACCUAUAUCUCACCAAGACAACACGUCGGAAUCAACACAUUUAUAGGGAAGGAAACGCUAGACAGACCUUUUGUAAAGUGAUAUCCGUCAUGGAGGUUACUGAGAAGGUGGUGCCCAAAAACGCCCAGCUGCUAUCUCUUGGCCACAAGGACACUUGUCGCCUCUUGGAGGUGUAUGUGAAGCGCAGCAUCAGUUUAAAUGAUGGGACAUGUGAGGUCCAGAGGUCACCAACAACGCCUCAGAAGUGGGUGACACUGUCAGAGAAAUGCAGAAGGGUCCGCCGGCAUUCUAGUGACCCCUUGAUCACCUUGGAGCCCAGCACACCUGACGAGGGCAUUGCCAGUAGCACACCACCUGAUGAGGAAGUUGUUAUACCAAAUGUGUCUCUAGUAGAAAUCCCUGGACCUGCUGACAUUCCUGAGAUUGAGACGUCUACUGAACUGGAGAAUAAGUCUAAAAAGGGCAAGAAGAAGAGCAAAAAUACCUCUUUCUGGAAAGGUUUUCUGGGGUUUUUCACGACGAAGGGGAGUGACAAGAAAGACGAGCAGGAGUCUGGCACAGAGAAAGAUGGACAGUCACAAGGAACCUUGCAGAAAAAGAAAUCCAUAAGGCAAAAGAGCUCCAUGAGGAGGUUAUCUCUGAGAAAAAUCAAGAUUGACAGCCACAGAGGGUCUGUGAAGAGACCAUUGGCUUUGGACAGGGCCAAGACCACUGACAUAACUGGAGUUGAAUCGGUUGAGAGUGUGGGGCCUACUGACUCGUACUAUGAGAAAGUUUCAGAAGAGCUGGAGAAGAUUGUGCAUGAGGUGAAAGAGACAGAGGCAGCUCUUACAGAUGAGGAUGUCAUAAAAAGGAUCAUUGUUCUGAUGAAGCAGCAAGGAGACCUCAUUGAUAACAAGCUGAAGGAGAACCCCAGCUUGAGCUCAUUCUUCCAGAAGCUGUCCUACAGCACCUUCCAGCAGUUGGCUGAUACGUACGUGGAGACAGAGACACCUACACGCCAGAGCCACCAGACACCACACACUGCUGGAUCUGGGCCCGUCAACGCCCCGGAGCUGGUCAAGCUGGCCUUCACUCUGGACUUCACAGCCAGGGUGGCCUGUCUCUCCAGGCAUUCCAAAGGCCACAUCAUGGGCCUGGGCCACCGCUACUUAGAAGACCGCUUCACCCAGACACAGGUAACAACACCAGAGGUUAAUCCAGACCAGACGUUGCAUAACUAUGACGAUCAUAAUCAUUGAUACAAUGUCACAUGCAAAAAAAGACUGCAGGGGAAACCGAACAUUCUUCGUGGUGUAAAAGCACACGGAGUGCUCCUCGAUUCCUUGUGACACAAAUGGAAUAGAUUACUUAAAGAUGACUGAAAAUGAAACCCAGAGCCAAGUCGUCAUGAAGGGAAAAUCACACACAACACGUAUAGUAGGCCUUGUUCCUGUAAAUCUACACUAGGCCAAUCUGUGUAAUUACUAUGUUUACAGGUUAGUAAGUAAUGGAAAUGCAAUAUGGAGUUCUUACCACAUUUGGUACACUCUGUAUUUAUUUACCUAAAUUAUAAAAUAUAAUAUGUGCCAUUUAGCAGGCACUUUUAUCCAGAGCAACUAAUCAUGUGUGCAUACAUUUUACGGGAAUUGAACCCACUAUGCUGGCAUUGCAGACGCCAUACUCUACCAACCUACUCUACAACCGACCACUAGGGAUAGUAAGUACUAUGUACUGUAAUUGCAUUCACUAACUACCCUGGUACAAGGUUAUUCCUCAUUCUUAAUCCUGGUUCUGGGACACAAAGGCGUGCAUAUUUUAGUUUUUGCCCUAGCUCUACACACCUGAUUCCACUAAUCAAAGGUUUGAUGAGUAAUCUAGGUGUGUUAGCUGGGGCUGGGACAAAGCUGACACCAAUCAGGCCCUCGAGGACUGAGAUGCCUUGUUUUUGGAAAUUAUACUUAGGACCCCUGUACCUUUCACCUGAAAGAAUAAGAAAAUCAACCUAAUGAACAAAACUUUAUGUAGGAAUAUUUCAAGGAAGUAUAAUACUAACCAAAAAUAUAAACGUGGUCAUUGUGAUGCACCGAGGUCACAAACUACAUUUUAGACGAGACUGAUUUUAUGACCAAAAUUACCCCAUUUACACGUCAAUUUUGACACUAGAAUAAAUGUUUGACUCAUAUUGUUGCCACAUAGGCAGUUUUCAAAUGAAUUUUUUUUUUUUUUAGGGUCAGUCGCUCUUCAGACAUUCCCUGACAAACAUUUGGGCACAGAGUUUCUAAACCCAGAGGCGCAACAUCGUGAAACUUCUGGGAAUGCUUGCGAUACAGACCAGGCUGGGGUUUGAGAAGUCAAUGAGAGAAGUUAAAAAUCUGAAGGCACAACCCAGAUUCGAGUCAAUGCCUUAAGUAGUUGAACAUGUUAUUACUCCAACCUCGUGAAAGUGACAAACUGACACGUUUUCAUUUGUCAAAAACAACAUAUCGAAGGAGUGCCUUUGAUUUGAUUGCCUGCAUUUGUAUUGGAGAAGCAGUUUUAGCCUGUCCUUGAUUUGGGCACACCUAUUUACAAUGGCAGGUAACCUAAUUAACCACAUUCAUUAGCUGGACCAAUAGAAACAUGGAAACAAUUAAAUUCAUGAAUACAAUUUUCUGUAGAGGUUGAGGAUAAGUUAACUUUAGAACUGUUGACUGUUUUUAAGUGAAUUAUUGACUAAAAACACAACUUGCUCUUAAAUGUGAAUACAUUAAGUAAAUAUGAUAACCUAGAAUGUAUGUAGGUGAGGAUUAGGCCUGCUAUUCAUCUGCCAAGGACAACAUAGCUCAAGAGACAUCCUCUCCUCCUCCAUGUGAGAGAUGUGUGGGGAAGCCAGGAUCUCCUCAAUGCUGUGGGCCAAACUCCAGUGGCAGCAGCCUCUGUCAGUGGUGGAGUUUAAGACCUCAAACAAUCAAUCAAAUGUAUUCAUUAAGCCAUGUUUACAUCAGCAGAUGUCACAAAG